CAAAAGGACACAUACUUGCAUGACUGUUGUAAAUCUCUUCUUCUUCUUCUUCUUUUGGUAAAGGAAAAGACUAAUAAUUCUCUGUUCAACUUUUUCUAUGACAGUAUCAAUCAGCUUGUGUCUCGUCCAGGGAGGUUGAGGAGAGAAGACGCAAGGAAUUUGUGCCGCUGUGACAAAGAGGACCCCCUUUGGCUAUGGAUCUCCGGCGACGGCCUUUUGCGGCGGUGCUUUUUCUUUCCGCGGCGGUGUUUCUGAUGGAACAGAGAAUCCACGGCGAGGCGGCGGUGCCACCGGAGAACCUGGUGUUCGAGGUGAGGAACAAGUUCGCCGGAAAAAGAGAGAAGGAGCUAAGUGCUUUGAGAGCUCACGAUGUCCGCCGUCACGCGAGGCUCCUCUCCGCCGUCGACCUCCCGCUCGGCGGAGACAGCGAGCCGGAGUCUAUUGGCCUGUACUUCACAAAAAUCGGGCUUGGAACUCCGGCAAGAGACUUUUACGUCCAAGUCGAUACAGGGAGCGAUAUCCUUUGGGUGAAUUGUGCUGGGUGUAUCAGAUGUCCAAGGAAAAGCGAAUUGGGUGUACAGCUGACAUUAUAUGAUAAGGAUACUUCCUCGACAGCAAAGUCCAUCACAUGUGAUGACAAAUUCUGUUCCCUAAUUAGUGAAAAAUCCGAGUGCCGAUCUGGUUCCACCUGCCAAUAUGUUAUUGUCUAUGGAGAUCAUAGCUCAACGAAUGGGUACUUUGUGAGGGACAUUGUGCAUUUGGAUCUAGUGACUGGAAACCUUCAGACAGGAUCAACAAAUGGAACUGUUGUGUUCGGGUGUGGCUUUAAACAGUCUGGCCAGCUUGGAGAAUCUGGAUCUGCACUUGAUGGUAUAAUGGGAUUUGGACAAUCAAACUCAUCUUUUAUUUCACAACUGGCUUCGCAAGGAAAGGUCAAAAGGGCUUUUGCUCAUUGCUUGGAUAAUAACAAUGGAGGCGGUAUAUUUGCCAUCGGGGAAGUGGUCUCGCCAAAAGUGAAGAAUGCUCCUAUGGUACCUAAUGAGGUUCAUUAUAGUGUUGUGGUGAAGGGAAUUAAAGUUGGAAACAGUAUUCUAGAAUUCCCUUCAAAUGCAUUUGACACUGAAGGUAACAGAGGAGCAAUUAUUGACAGUGGUACAACCUUGGCUUAUCUUCCUGAUACUGUUUACGAGCCAUUGUUGAACGAGAUUUUGGUUGCUAAGCCUGGGAUCUCAUUGCACUCAGUUCAGGAUACUUUUAUGUGUUUCCAUUAUACUGCUGAGCCUGACAGCUUCCCUCCUGUCACUUUUGAGUUUGAGAAUUCUCUUUCCUUGACAGUACACCCUCGGGAAUAUCUCUUCGAACUUCAAGAAAACAUUUGGUGUUUUGGCUGGCAGAAUGGCGGAGUCCAAACUAAAGCUGGAGGAUCUUUGACAAUUCUCGGAGAUAUGGCACUCUCUAACAAGUUAGUUGUAUACGACAUCGAGAAGCAAGUCAUUGGAUGGACCAACCACAACUGUUCAGAGGGAAUACAAGUGAAAGACGAAGCUUCAGGAGCAGUAUACACAGUUGGUGCUCACAAUCUCUCUUCAUCUUCUUCUUUGAUUGUCAUCAAACUUCUCAUGUUUUUCUCUCUGCUCAUUACCCUCCUCUCUAACUUUACUCGCUAGUCUCAGACCAUCUUCCAAGACUUCCUUUCUUGAUUUUAACAUUGUAAAGAGUGA